CGCAUCAUUCACCAGACGACGAAGACCCCCGUCCCGGUCGGCCCCUGCCAGCAUCGUCGAAUAAGGCUGCAGGAUUUCCAUCGCGGAGCUCCAUUCUUGGACCUGGUUCCCCGUCUUGCCCUGCUGGGCGUGGCACGCUACAUGCGCGUACCGUCAGGAACGUUACGGUGUACGCUACCUUUGCCUGAGGUAUUCAUAUCUGGCCACCACAGAUAACGAAUGUCUGCGGUCGCAGACUCGCAGCAAGGCAUGAAAUCCCAGGUACAAGAUGUACACGACUUUAGCCCAGCAUCCGGCAAAGCUGUUUGGUCCUGCGGUUGUUGUGCUGGCAUAUCAAAACACAACACAUACACAACACGCACAUUGCAUUACUGCGCAGCGCCGAUGUGCUCACCUCUUCUUCAAAGUUCCUCCUGCACGCGCCCCGCGCGCAGAGAUGCUCCUCCAAUGCAGAUUUUGUGUGUCUUGAUCCGCCGUUGAGCCGGUUGGGGAGGAGUCACUGGAGUCUGGAGCAUCGUCCAACGGCGUGAACGGCUUGGUCCCCGUUUUCAAACCCUGGUCGGUCGUCGUACCGUGCCCUCUUCACCCGGCCGAGGCAUUUUAUACGGAUGGUUCUUUCCGUAUCUUUACUCGGCACCCUACAGGCUGCAUUUCUGCUGGC